CUUCCAGAAUCUCCAUAGACGGCUUCCACGACUCCUUUGCCCCGUCACCCAACCCAACCUUCCGCCCUUCGACCCCGAAGGAAACUGAACAUACCCUCGUCCUCCACCUUCCAUCGCCGGCAAACUCUACAAUGGCGCAAUCCGGUUAUUCAAACCCUUUGAAGAAGUUCAAGCUGGUGUUCCUCGGAGAGCAGAGCGUUGGGAAGACGUCACUUAUCACGCGCUUCAUGUACGACUCCUUCGACAACACCUACCAGGCCACGAUUGGCAUAGACUUUCUGUCAAAGACCAUGUACCUCGAGGACCGGACCGUGCGAUUACAGCUUUGGGACACAGCAGGCCAGGAGCGAUUCCGGAGUUUGAUCCCCUCUUAUAUUCGCGACUCGAGCGUGGCUGUGGUGGUAUACGACGUUACGAACAAGAAGACCUUCGAGAACACGCGGAAAUGGGUCGACGACGUGCGUGGUGAGCGUGGCAACGAUGUCAUUAUCGUCCUGGUGGGCAACAAGACCGAUUUGAACGACAAGCGUGAGGUCACCACAGCACAGGGAGAGGAAGAAGCGAAGAAGAACAACCUCAUGUUCAUUGAGACGAGCGCGAAGGUCGGACACAACGUGAAGACACUGUUCAAGAGAAUCGCACAGGCCCUACCUGGAAUGGAGGGUGAGGCACAGCAGGGUCAGAGUCAGAUGAUCGACGUAAACAUCAAUCCCAACCAGCCUGCAGACAACCAAGGCUGCUCAUGCUAGAGAACUUGGCAGCAUAUCUCCUUUAUCGACAUCGACUUUAGAACUACUAUCGUAAUCAGUUCCAGGGUCUCCUUUCCAGUCAUCCAUGGAUCUUGGGGGCCAAAUUUUGUAGCAUGGCGUCUUUUGGAAGGGUGGGAAAGGCAUGAAGCAGGGUCCGGGGAUUGCAUAUUCUUGUAGUAUAUGGACUCUUUCGUGCGUCUCACGCGAUUGUAAACUGGAAGAGAUGACACUAUGUAUGGGAUCCUGUGCCAGAAGUAAUCCUGCAAAUUUGAACCUGAAUUGUGCUUCAUUUAGCAGUAUCAAAGACUAUAUCCCAUAUGUGGAUAGGCCUAAAAGGCCGCAUGUUUUCAUUCCCAAAUAAGAGCACCCAAUUCGCCAAU